AUGGGGCGCUUCGAAAUAACCCGCUCGGGCCCAAUCCCAGCCGGCGUGAACAAAGAAAAGGCGGUAGCGGUGCUGCACGACCACGACGGCUACUUCCGCGCGGCAGAGCACUACAAGGAGCACAAGGAGCUCCCCAGCGACAGCGGCGCCGACCACAAGGUCCCCUCGGCGAUCCAGGCCCGCAGCGCGGGCUCCGCGGCCGACGUCAAGGUCUACACCGUGCGCAACGACGUGCCCAACCCCGUCUUUGACUCCAACGUCAACACCGAGUACGAGGUCGUCGACCUGGUGGACGGGAUUUGGUACCGUGCCAGCUCGGCGAUGGGCGUCGUGAACGAGGGGCUUUGGACGGUCGAGGAGGGGCCAGGUGGGCUGGAGUUGCGUGUGAACAUCCAGGUCGAUUGUAACGCGAUGCUGAAGGGGCUGGUUAAGGGUCAGGUUCAAUCUGGUGUUGAGCAGAUUCACAAGAACCUGCUUGCUGUCAUGGCGUGA